GCGGGAGAACGACGCGAGAUUUCUCCGAGAGAAAAGCGGGGGGCAAAGCAAGACACGGAAAACGAAGAGGGCCGCAGAGCUAGACAGCCAAGCGCGGGAGCUGUGUACAUACACAUGCGGAGGCGGGUGUACGCAGACGCUGCUUUUUGGGGAGGAAUCGGGGGAAAAAUCCGGCGGGACGCCGCCCUUCCAGAUUCGCGCAGGAAACAGAGAAAGAGCAGAUGAGAACUUGCGACGGCAGGCAGCAACAGAGAGAGAAAAACGCGGCAGACAAGCGGUCAUUCUGGAGAACUCGCGCCAGCGGGCAGGGAGCCGAGCCGCGCGGCCGGCGUGGAAACGCGUUUGCGCCGCGUCUGUGCGAGGCGGGCGCGGCGUCGAAGAAAGAGGAGACGCAGAGGGAGUCAGUCACGCGAAGAAAAGAGGGGCAUUAAGUCUACAACAGACGAAAAACACAGACAAAGAAACUCGCAGACCACACACGGCGCGGCGGCGCGAGGGAGUGUGGCGCCGACACCACACCGUGAGGUGUAUAUACACCGCAGCGCGUGUCUCUCCCAGGAGGUUUCUUUGCUGCUUCUUGCGCCUUCCUCAAACGCUUGAUUGCAGCUUUCCUCGGUUCUCUUUUUCCGCGAGAGGAGACAGCUGGAGACGCCGAGAACGACGGCUGAAGGCUAUCCCCCGGAAGGUCUUCGUUUUCUGAAAAAGAACGCUCUCUCUCUCUCUUGCUCGUGUCUGUCGCACAAGCCUUCCCAACGCUUCCAGUGUGGCGGUCCUCGAACUUUUCUUUGUUCGCGCAUGCACCAGCCAAACCACGCUUUUCUUGAACCCCGCAAAAAAGAGAGUGUGUCUCUGGCUCUCUUUGCUUGUUUCCAAUGCCGUUGCCCAUGCUCUUGUCUCUGCUGUGUCGCCUCAAGUGUCUGUACACACCACCCCAGACAGGUCGUUUCUUCUCGCGAAAGCUCCUUUUCAAAACUCGCUUCCCGUCUCUCUGGUUGCCUUCGUUUUCUCUGAGCCGCAUCUGCGCGUUCCCUCGUCCUCUCCUCGCGAGUUCGCAAUUCGGUCCUCUGCUUCCUCUCGAGCUACCUGUCUGAGCUCGCAUUCUCUUCUUCCAUUCUCGUCUCCUCACGCUCUUCUUUCCAUAGCUCUGCCCAGAAUGUCGAAGGACAAAUUCCAGAAGCAGUGGGAGGUUCUCUCCCAACGCAUGGAGAAGGUGAAUUCCGAACUUCUCUCCCUCACCUACGGUACUCUGGUCACGCAGCUCCUCAAAGACUUCGAGCAAGUCGAUGCGAUCAACGUCCAACUGGAAAAGAUGGGCUACAACAUCGGCGUUCGCCUCAUCGAUGAAUUCCUUGCGAAAACCGGAAUGGGUGGCUGCGACUGCUUUCGACAAACGGCAGAAGUCAUUGCGAAACUCGGCCUGCGCAUGUUUCUGGGCGUCGCUGCAGAGGUCACCAACUGGGACGCCGAUGGCACAACUUGUUCGCUGAUUCUCCACGAAAAUCCUCUCGCGGAUUUCGUCGAGCUCCCGUCUUCCCUUUCUCAGCUCUCGUACUCAAACCUCAUUUGCGGUGUGAUCCGUGGAGCGCUGGAACAGUUGCAGAUGAAAGUAAAUUGCACUUUUGUGCGCGACAUGCUCAAGGGCGACGACUGCUACGAAAUUCGUUUGGAGUUGGUAGAGCUGAUUCGCGAGGAGUUUAUCGACGACGAAGAUAACUGAAGAGCCACGACACAGGGGACGAACGCAGCGUUCAUAUCUGUAUGUACACGAGUGUACACAAAUUUCUAAUAAAUACAUUUCUCGGUCUAUAUCUGUGCAUACAUAUAUAUAUAUGUAUAUAUGUGUGUGUAUAUCUUUCCGUUCUGUAUCUCUCAUCGCUUGAGUUCUCGCGCUGACACGAAACCUUUUUUCUCUUCUCAGUUUCACUCUUUCUAUCCGCGUGUGCUCGGCCUGAGUUCCGUCGUGAACUCGGGCGAGUUUUCUCCUCUUCUCCUGCGACUGCCGAACCUCUCCAGGACGACUUCGUAGAGAGGUGCAUGAAAACGGCGUAUAUUCGGAUAUGCCCAC